AUGGAGUGCCUGCUCAUCGAAGUAGGCCAAGUGGACAGAGCGAGACGGUUCUGGUUGAAAGUACAGCACAAUCGAUCCAGUAUCGGACUUACAGGCAUGGCACAGACGAUUCUUCAGCUGCUUCUCGUGGGGAUUCUCCUGGUGAAUCUGAGUUUGGCAGCCACAGUGAGACGUCCUCGACUGGAUGGUCGCAUCGUGGGCGGUCAGGUGACUAGUAUAAAGGACAUUCCCUACCAGGUUUCCCUGCAGCGGAGCUACCACUUCUGCGGUGGCUCCCUGAUCGCCCAAGGUUGGGUCCUCACAGCCGCCCAUUGCACUGAGGGAUCGGCCAUACAGAUCUCCAAAGUGCGCAUUGGCUCUUCGCGCACUUCUGAUGGUGGACUGCUGGUGGGGAUCAAGCGGGUCCAUCGGCAUCCAAAAUUCAAUGCCUACACCAUCGACUUUGACUUCUCCCUUCUCGAGUUGGAGGAUUAUAACGCGGAGAACGUGACCCAGUCUUUCAUAGGGCUUCCCGCACAGAAUGCUGACAUCGCCGAUGGAACUCCCGUACUGGUUUCCGGCUGGGGAAACACGCAGAGUAGUCAGGAGUCCACCGCCGUUCUCCGGGCCGUAACCGUGCCCAAAGUCAGUCAGAUACAGUGCACAGAGGCCUACGGCAGCUUUGGGAGCAUCACGGAUCGCAUGCUCUGCGCAGGAUUGCCGGAGGGCGGCAAGGAUGCCUGUCAAGGCGACUCCGGAGGUCCUCUGGCCGCCGACGGCAUUCUGUGGGGCGUCGUCUCCUGGGGCUACGGAUGCGCCAGGCCAAACUAUCCAGGCGUUUACUCAAGGGUGCCUGCAGUCCGCGAUUGGAUCAGCUCUGUUAGUGGCAUCUGAGAUUAAUUUAAAACAU